GAGGGAGAAAGAGUGCGCUUCCUCACAUAGAGAGAGAGAGAGAGAGAGAGAGAGAGAGGAAGCAUCGGGAGCUCCCAUGGCGACGAAACCCUAACCCUAAUCCCUCCUAGAUGAGUCCCCUUACCCCUCUGUACGCCCGUUGCUUGAUUCUACGAGCUGUACUUCUUGUUGAGAGGUAUAGAUGGAUCCUGGAGUGAUGUUUCAGAUGGUGUCCGUUGAAUAAUAGUGCAGGGCAAUAUGUAGUUUCACUUGCGCAAAGAAUCCGAUAAAUCAAAGUAAGAAGGGUUCUUGAGACUCUCGGCAAAAUGGCUGUAGAAAACAAUAAUGGAGAACAAGGUUUGAAAGAGGAUGAUAUUAUGAGGAUGUUGUUUGGAAAGAAGAUCACAGAAUUGACCAGUGGUGGAUUUGAGGGCUCCAAUGAGGAAAAACAGAUAAUUGAGGAUGUUUUUAGUCGAAAAGUUUAUAAUCACACAGAAAAGCAGCUGAAAAGGCAUUGGAAUGAGUGUUCAAGCAAGAAUAAGGAUCCAAUACAUGGUUCAUCCAACAUUAGCCAUAUUGACUCACUCCAGCAGGGUGCCCUCGAAAUUGGGUCGAGUUCUUCUAACUCAGUCCAACAAGUUACAUGCCGCAUAGUGGAAUCUUUUGGGCGAGGCUUCUUAUCUAGCUACAAUUUGUUUUUUAGUCAGAGGGAAAAAAUAGUUUCCCAGGAUUAUAACAAUGCUGUCAACUCGAAAGCCAGAAGCAAUAGAAAAGAGAUCAGAAAUGGCAAAAUUUGUACAAAAUCCAAAUCAAAUACUUCUCCUAGUUUGAAUCCUUUGGAAUCUAACAAGACAGAGGCAUCCAUGGACCAAAUAUCUGAAGCUUGUAAUACUCUUGGUUCAGAGUCAAUUGACAUUGCAGGUAAUGGGGCUCUCUGUAAGUUUCUUGUCUCUCAUCUCCGUACCAAUGCACAUCGUCUUUUGAUUGACGCUCACUGGAAGAUUGAUAUGAGAAGAAGAAAGGAUAGGACUAAGAAAGACUAUGUUUAUCAAAACCCAGAUGGUGGGCCACAGAUAUUCUCACUCCCCAGAGCUUGGUUAUCAUUUAGCAAAUGGUUAUCUACAAACUCAUCUGGCUCAAAGGAGAAUGACAGUGGCAGACAAUGGGUUGAUAUCGAUGAGUUUUUUUGUGAUCUUAUGAAUACACUAGCCUACAUUGAGGAGGAGGUCCAGCAACAAGAUAACUCUCUGACUCUUCUGAGCCAGUGGCAGCUGCUUGACCCGUUCAUGGCUGUGGUGUGCAUUGAUAAAAUGAUUAGAGCUCUAAGAGAGGGAAUUGCAUUGAAAGCUGUGAAUAGUGCAACUAGUGCUUUUACUCCUACUCAGUGUAUGAUUUUGAGAUCGAAGAAUGUGUAUAGAGUUCAUCAUAGCCAUGCAAAAUCCCGUACAUUUUUGCAUCAUAGAUCUAGGAAGAGUCUUCUGCCACUUUUUCUAGCUGAUACCCAGCCUGAGAUACUGGGAAAUUCUUGCAAGGGAACAGUAUCUUCUUUAGAAUCAGGAGACAAGAGUCGAGACGGAAAGCCAAAAAAUAAAUUUUGUUGUGGUGAAGAUGUACAGAAUAGAAGCAUCAGAAGUCUCGCUAGGCGAGUAGGGAAAGGCCUUUGUGAUGCGAGGGAUAGGAAUACCAAAAAUUCCAAGAACGUAAGUUUGAGCGAUAAAUUGACCCAGACAUGCUUUAAGUGCAAAUUGCCCCACAGAUCUUCAUGUCCAAAAGCAUCAAAAGCAUCAACAUGUCAUGCUUCUACUGUGGCAAACACUGCUGGCCUGGAUAGGCAAGCACACAAGCCAAACAGAGAAGUCGGGAUACCUAAUCCAGAUGAGGGUUUGCUUACAGGAAAGCAACCAUUUGAAGAAACAACAUCUAACCAACACAAAGAAAAGAACUCAAACCAAGAAAGGGACAGGUUUUAUCAGAAGAGUGAUCUUGUAAUUAGUGAAAAUCAGAGGGGUGGAUCUGCAAAAGUUGCACAAGAUGGAGUUCAACUGUCCUCUGUUUCUCACGGAGGCAGUGACAAUACGAACUUUAAUUUGAAAGAGGGAGACAGGUUUGCUGGUACUCUGAGAUCUUCCACAAAUUUUGGAGCUACUGGGAGCUUAUUCACACUAAAUCAGAUGCCUGGACAUCUGAUGCCAGAACAGCAAGUGUUCCUUCUUUUUCCCAGAGAUGGAACUGUUUCUUUUGGCCAGAAUCAGAUCUAUAGCCCAGAGAUUUUUGCUAACCUUAAUAUGUCUAAUGCCUUGACCAGAGUGAAUAUGCAGCAGAAUCCACAAUCUUCAGUUCAUCAAGCAAGCCUUAUUCAAGGACUACUGGUUUUUGAUGUAAACAGCAGCAUUGUAGAGAAUCUUGAAUCUCCACUUAGUUGGCAAGCAUUUAGUCCAGUUUUGACUCCUGCUAAAGAAAUAGUUAAGGAAUGUAUGGUGCCACAAUCCAAUAAGAAGAGAACUCUGACAUCUGCUUCAAAUAAAAAGGCGCGUAAAAAGUCUAAGAAGAUAUCCGAAAUUGAAGAGAGAAAUGGAAAUGAGAAAUAUGCAACAAGAAGUCCACCUAGUGAAAAUUGCAGAGAUCUUGACCUUUCAGCUCACCAGAAUGAAGGUAAAAAAUUGACACAGGGAUCAACUUCAGAGUGUUUAGAACAUUCAGUAAGUUUGGGAAAACAAUGCUGUGCUUCUUUAGAAAAUUUGGCGACUGUUCAUGCAUCUUCAAGAGAGGAAGUUGAAUUAAGAGCCAAGUCAAGUGAAAAAGUAUCAGGGUCAGAAAAACAAGAUACCAAGGGCAACGCAAGGCAAGAGUCAAUAGAGGAACCACAAGGUACUUCCUUGAAAAUAAGUGACGAAGACAACUAUAGGUGCAUUGGUGAAAAUAAUAUGGAAAAUAAUGCAGUUGAAGCAAACUCUAGCGCAUCCACUUCAAUUGAUUGUAGAAACUCCAUUAUGUUAAAAAAGAACAGUGCUUCUAAAGAGCCUUAUAACCAGAUAGAAGAUGGGAUGAUUCCUACAGAGCUCAAGCGUGAGGACAAUAAUUGCAGUGAAGUAGCUAUUGGAGGUGGUGAGCCUCCAGAACUGCAGUCCAACGAAGAAGUUCAAAAGCUAAAGAGACGGAGGAAAAGACGCAAGAGCCGCUUUGAUGAUGACGACCUUCUGAUUUCCAUUAUAAUAAAUAACAAAACUUCACAUUCCAGAAACACUGCUUCCAGAAUAAAGGUGUGGAAGUCAGAUGCUUUAAGAAGGCUUGAAAAAGCUACUGCAAAAACUGGAAAUAGAUUCUCUGAUCAGAAAUUAUUUACAGGAGCAAGGACGGUAUUGAAUAGGCUUAUUGAGAUGGGUGCUUGUUCUGUGCAUAAUAUUAUUCAAUAUCGAAGACUGGAGGACAAUUUAGUACUAAAGAAUGGGCGAAUAACUAGAAAUGGUAUUCUUUGUAGGUGUUGUGACAAGAUCUUUACUAUGUCCAACUUUAAGUUCCAUGCAGAUUCUGAGUUAAGAGGUUCCUCUUUAAAUCUUUACCUGGGCUCUGGUAAGCCAUACACCCUUUCUCAGUUUCUGGCAUGGUCUACAGAGUACAAGGGGAGGAGAGAUUGUAUGCAAUUGACUGAUGCUCAGGUAGAUCAGAAUGAUGAUAGUUGUGGGUUAUGUGGUGAUGGUGGUGAGUUAAUCUGCUGUGAUAACUGCCCUGCUUCUUAUCAUCGAGAAUGCUUAGCUUCUCAGGAGAUUCCAGAAGGCAGCUGGUAUUGCCCCAGUUGUACGUGUGGGGUUUGUGGAGGUGCACUUAAUGAAAAGCUCAUGAUGGCUGAUUUAGAAUGCUCACAAUGUGAACAGAGAUAUCAUGUCAAAUGCAUAAAGGACAAUGGCAUAUACAUUAAGGGAGUGGGUUCUGAUACUUGGUUUUGUGGAAGAAAAUGUCACCAGGUUUACUUAGGUUUGCGCUCUCAUGUUGGAGUGGCAAAUUGCAUUGAAGAUGGAUUCUCUUGGAGCAUUCUCAGAGUCAGUCACAAUGAUCUAAAACUUCAAUCUGCAGAAAAGAUUGCACUUCUGGCAGAGUGCAACAUAAAAUUGUCAAUCGCUUUGAGUAUUAUUGAACAAUCUUUUCUUCCCAUAAUAGAUCCAAGAACAGGGACAAAUGUUAUUCCCCUUGUUCUUUACAAUUGGGGUGUGUAUCUGGAUACCAGGUCUAACUUCGCGCGUCUGAAUUAUAAGGGAUUCUACACAGUCGUAUUGGAGAAGAAUGACGAGAUUAUAUCUGUGGCAUCAAUCAGGGUGCAUGGAGUAGCUGUAGCAGAGAUGCCUCUGAUUGCUACUUGUAUUAAGUACCGCAGACGAGGAAUGUGCAGGCGUCUCAUGACUGCGAUUGAAAUGAUGCUGAGAUCAUUGAAAGUUGAAAUGCUGGUUCUAUGUGCAAUUCCGAAUCUAGUCGAUACCUGGACUUCGGCUUUUGGUUUUGAACCUGUCGAAGAAACUGAAAAGAUGCAGCUAUCUAAGCUGAAGUUGAUGUCAUUUCCCGGAACAAUCCUGCUAAAAAAGAGCUUGUGUGAAUCUUCACUAGAAGGAUCAGGAAAAGGCAGCGACUACUAUUUGUACAGACAAGUAGUUAGCCACCUAGGAAGCUUAAGCAUUUCAACCGAUAGAAGCACUUCUUCGGCCCUUAGGGCUUAUAAGCUUGGAGAUGUCAACUAUGAAACAUUUCCAGUACCAGGUGUCCAAACUUUCAACCUAUCUGAGAUAGCUGACGACGACAAGGAUCACGACUUCUAUCCCCGUAGCCCAAGUUCUGAAGGAACAGCAAAAAUGAUAGGAAACAAGGGUGCAUCAGAAAAUAUGAAUCUUCAUGCUCAGGUGGGCACUGCAGAUGGCUCAAGGAAUUAUUUUCCUGGUGAAAGUAGUAACUCAAUCCGAAUGUUAGAAUCAACGUACGGCGACUUCAUAUUUCAAGAAACAACUGGGAAUGGCUUGUUGUUGCCGACCCCCGACUUUUAACAACUGUUAGUUUGAACUAACUUCUAGUUUUGACUGCUCUGGUUGUACAAAAAAAUUUUGCCCGAGUCCUCCCCGCCGGUCGAUCAACGGUUUCCACUUUUAAGAAAUGUGUUAGAAGUGGCCUUAAUGUUGAUAUACCAUAGCUUUUAUUCUGCAAGAGUGUGCAAGAACUAACUGAUCAAAUUUGGGAGGGCUCUGUUGUAACAUUUUCACCAAGGCAUCAGGAUACGUUCUUCCGAUCAUCAUCGGAAGAAAUGGUUUUGAAGUGGGAAAAAGACG